CGAAUUUCGCGUCGCGUCUCAACCGAGCGGACCCGAGCGGUUGGCGCUUGAUAGUCGUGUUGCUACACCGCAGCGGUUGGCUCACUCUCGUUCAAACAGCGCAACCGAUCGUACACGCGCGCGCGCACACACGUUUCGCUCCCCACGGCUGGGCACAGUUUUGGGACACGGCAUCACGGCAAACCUCACUGUGCAGAUCUUCCCCCCCACUCCGCCCCGUCGCUUUCGUGAUUCCGGGAGAGCCCACGCAGCAGCAGCAGCAGCAGAUCGUGCCAGAGAUCGGGUGCGAUCGUGCGGUGCCGAGAUAGCGUGUAGUAAAUCACCCCAAGAAGGGGGUGAGAUCGAAACCGGGACACACUGGUGCAUCCCUGUCCACCCCAAAACGGAGUGGGGUCACCACCACCACCACUAGCCCCUACUGUUAGUGUUACCUACUACCACCACUACUGCGCCCGACCGUCCGCACUGACUACUAAGCGGGAAAGUCAUCAAGAGCGCGAGAAAGAGAGAAGAAAGAGAGAGAGCGCGCUCAGCGAAAGUGAGAGCGCUAGUGAGAGUGAGUGAGUGUGUGAGCAGGCAAGCGCACUCGCGCAAACAUACACACACACGCGCGCGCGCAAGCGAAAGAAGCAGUGUGUUAAUAUAUAACAAGUUGCAUCAUAGUCUUAAGACUUCAGUCUUAAGAAAGUGUACCGUCCACCAACAUCUUUCGCAAAAAAAAAGCUGGCCGACCGGGGCAAAACAAGCGCUAGCCCCCGAGGUAGCCCGCGCUCGUGGUGUGUAUGUGCGGAUUUUGUCGCGCGUUUUUUUUCACUGGUGCAGAAUUUUCCGCACUUUUCCCGAAACGGCCGUUAAUGCUUCCCUGCUGUUACCUGUCACAGCAAAACAGCCAGCGGUGAUGCCGAACGCAGCGAACAGUUGAAUAAAUCAUGGAUUAUUUCUACUUCUGGAUCUACAACAAAUGAAACCGUUUUGAUUGGUGACAAGUGCCCAAGUGUACCAAAGUGUUGCAAUCGAUUGUUUUCUCUUCGUGUGCAGUGAGUGUUUGAACAAACUUGAUACAGUUGUUCUAUCGGAAAGGUGAAAUAUUAUACAAAAAGAGCAUAAGAAGGACUGACACGUGUCUGUAGUGUUUUGGAGAAAGGUUAAGGUGCAAUUGCUGGUGGCAAAGAGAUUGAAACAUAAUCCAGUGUGCAAUUUAGUGGCGUUUGUGUGAAUGGAAAGCAGUAAAGCGGAAGAAAAAUCGUGCAAUAAUUCUAUGAUUUUGUGUCGUGCCUAGAAGUGUCGUGUAUGUGAGUGAAUUUGUGUACUCCUCGCCUCACCUCUUUAUGUAUCCACCCCUUGGCACGAGCGAGUGAAUAGUGGGCCAAAAAUAUGGAAUCGCCGCAAAUGUACGAUACGAAUCAAAUCCAAGUGCGCAGUGAUAUCAAGAAGCUAACGAUGGCCGCGAACAAUAGCGUGAACGGUGCGAACGGCACGGCCAACGGGGCCUCGCCGACCAACAACAACAACAACUCACCGACCGCGAUUAAUCAGAACACGCUGGCGAUGAAGCAGCAGCAGCAGCAGCAGCAACAGCAGCACCAGCAGGUCCAGCAGCAGCAGGUCCAGCAGCAGCAGGUCCAACAGCAGCAGCAGCAGGUUCAGCCCCAGCAGCAAGUGCAGCUCGGUCAGCACGCCGCCACCAACGGUGCGUCCGGCGGUCUGCUCUCCAACGGUAACCUCCUGUCCAAGCAGAUGCUGCAGCAAAUCCAGUACUCCCAGUCCGAGCUGGACGAGCUCACGUCCCAGGAGAUCUCGCUCGAUCUGCAGCACCUGAUCGACGACCAGUUCCGCGACCCGGAAGCGCUCGGCAUCUUCACCGAGAUGGUGACGGUCGGCAGCACCAACGGUACGAUGGCGAACCCGCUCGUCCAGACGGCCGCCGCCAAGGCGCUCCAGCUCCAGCAGGCCCGGCUCUCGCAGCACUCGAACGGUGGCAACAGCUACCAGCGCUCGCUCGCCUACAUGCCCCAGCCGGUGCAUACGGGCGCCGCGUACGGCAGCACCUCGAGCGACGAGAACAGCUCCGUCGGCUCGUCCGCCGACUCGGCCAACAUCAAGGAGGAGCCCGUCGACCCGAACGAGUACCGCCGGCAGCUGCUCGCGAACGGUGCCUCCGGGGGCGCCCAGUUUAUGGGCACCAUCAACGGGUACCCGGGGCUGCCGGGGGCCGGCGGCGGUGGCGCGGCAACACCCAACGGUGUUCCCGGGGCGCUCGGUGCGUCCGGGGGCGGCGGCACCACCCCCAGCUACGUCACCAACGGCAACGGUAACAGCUUCUCCAGCCUAACGCCCGCGACCGUGCUGCACCAUCAGGCGCUACCGCAUCUGUCCGGCGCCGCCCAUCUCGCCAACCUGACCAAGCACAGCAAGAUGCUGCCGCACGUCGGGCGCAAAACGCAGCAAAAGGUGGUGGACAAGGGCACGGACGAGUACCGGAGGCGGCGCGAGCGGAACAACAUCGCGGUGCGGAAGUCGCGCGAAAAGGCGAAGGUGCGGUCGCGCGAGGUCGAGGAAAAGGUGAAGACGCUGCUAAAGGAGAAGGACGUGCUGAUACGCAAGAUCGAGGAGAAGAACAACGAGAUCGCGCUGUACAAGCAGCUGUACAUGCACCUGAUGAACCACAGCAACCCGGAGAUCAACCAGAUAUGUCGCAGCGCGCUGAACCUGUCCAACAUGGGCGACCACAUGUGAUUUGGUGCGCUUUUGGGUGAAGCGUUGCGGGGAAUCGUUGUUCACUGCUUUUUUUUUGGUCGGUCCAGAGCCGGGGACUGCUCCGUUGCAUGCUGGGUUGCAUCUCACUUUUCCUCCCAAACAGCCCACAGCAGCAGCAGUCCAGUAUGGUACGGUCGGAGAUGUCCCCUUUAUUAGCUACCCAUUGUCCAUUCUACGUUGCGUUUUGUACACAUGAUACACACAAACACACACGAACCAAAGACAAGUUAGACUCGCAGGAUAUUCUUUCGCACCAAACCGGGACGAAGAAUGGAGUCGAACGAAGACACACAAAGACGGCGCAAAUGUAAGGAAGGCGAAAAUGGGGAAGCGAAAUUUCGGAGGGAGGACAACAUCGAAUUCGAUUCAACCGCAGGCAGCUACUAACCGAAAAACAAUAGCACAAACACACACAAACACACAUACACUCUUGUGACAGCUAGAGCAGUGAAAAGUGAAGCAAUUCGAAAGGAACUUAAAUACCUGUACAUAGCGUUUAAGAUAUUCGUGUUUAUUUGCUACUGCGACGUUAUUAAUGUUAUUAUAAUUAUUGCCGUUUUUUUUGUUGUGUAUAGAAGAGGAUGCACUCGCUGAGUGCAUUGCGUGAAGCAAUUGGGUGGACAGGGGAACAGGGACGAAUGUAGCAUACAUACAGUUAUAUAUAUCUAUCUCUCUCUCUCUCUAGUGACGUACAGCGACCGAUGAAACAAAUCGUUCGACACAAUACCUACUUAAGUACUACUUUUUGCACAAAGAUUCACAAGAAACAUACACACAAACACCCUUUUUGGUACGGCUGGUUGUAGAUAAGACUUGAUGGAAAUGUUUUCUUUCGUUUUCUUUUUUUGUAAAUUUGUUCAUCUUUAGUUUGAUGGUUAAGCUGUAUGUAGUGUAGUGUGCUCUAUUCGUUCGUUUGCGUUCAUCCAGAGUCAGGGCAGAUACGUCUGUUAAGAAAACGGUUAAAAUACAAACUACUUUUUUAUAAAAUUAAACUAAAACACUGUUCUACUUCCUUUUCUUUCUCUUUCUUGCUUUAUCUUCAUCUCAAAUUACUGUUUGUGGUGUACUUGUAACACGUUAUAAGCUACAGGUUAAUGUUUCCACCCUUAAGACUGAUGUUCCUGUUAUUCUUCUAGUGUUUUUCUUAUUUCAUAUUUCUCUUCAUUUUCUUGUGUUUUUCUCUUUCCACUUACCUGUAUUCAUAUUUUUCUUUUUUCUUCCAAUAAUCUUUUACCCUAUUCUUUUGUUCUUUUCAAACUUUUAUUUGUUGUUCCAUUCUAUUAUCUUAUUGUUCGGACUUCUUUCAUUCAACUACUCUAAUAUUCAACACUCUAAUGUGUUUGGUUGAUCUUUUUCUACUUUUUCUUCAGAAAUUUACCUUAACCUGAAAUCUACAUUUUUUCCUCUCAUCUUUUUAUUUUCAUAACUAACUAAAAGAUUGUUGCACUAAAAUACUCUCUCUAAUCGUUUAUCACGAAUCUUCUUUUACUUUCUAAUUCGCUUACUGUUUCUUUCUACCUUUUCUUGUUCUUAUUAAUUCAUUGUUUUUCCUCUUUUCCCUAACUUAUUUUAAUUACUCCUCAUCUAGUACUUUCCAGAACUAAACCAAAAGACAUCAUUUUGUAAACUUUCGCAACCACACCACCUUCCAUAAUUUUCCUCACAAAUGCUAGACACAAUGAACCAGUUAUGUAAAUAAUGAACCACACACAUACACAUAUCCCAAAAAAAAGGAAAGGCAAACGAGCACACAACCUCAACUUAUCGAACUAUUGUUACCAAUGAGCGUAUCGAAAACCUAAGAACUUAAAACCCCGUAAUAACGUCGAGCUAGGAAGUCGUGUAGGAAAGUGUCUGACAUUGUUCUGUGUUAACCGAACGCGUGAUUAGAAUAUUGGGUGAUCGAAUUAUCCCGAUUGCGCGCGACCCAGCGAGCGAACGAAGGGGAGCGACGAAAAUGAGACCACCGGCAAGAGCUAAAAUAACCGAUACUGAAGCGAUCGUACUGAACCCAAUCGAUAAGUGGAGUGAAUAUUUAAAUGUCUUGAAAAAUGAAAACGCGUGCAGGUGUGAAAGUGAAAGCGGAAGCGAAUCGGCAUGGCCUAAGAGGCCCCACAAUCGCACCCACUGGUCACUGUGUGCUUCAGAGUUCUUGGUGCGCUUGUAUCAAAACGGGAACAGAAUAAAAGCGGUGAAUCAAGGAGUGAAAACUAGAAACAAUGAAACCGAAGAUAAAUUAUGAAACUGAUGAGGUGAACUGGUUGUGUUUAAGUAGGUGAACUGUGCGUCCUACGAGUCGAAACGAUAAGUUACCAGACAGAGUUAGUCUUAGUCAUCUCCUGCACCCCAAUUAUGUAUAAAGAGAACGAGAGCGAGCGAUGCACCCACAGACGCUAGAUUUUCUUCACUAUCAAGAUGAUGAUGAUCGUUUUGUAGCAUGAUUGUUAAUUUAAUUUGUGUUUUUCUCUCUCCUUUUUGCGAUUCCUUGUUGAGUAUCAAUUGGACAGAUAUUCCAUCACAAUUUCGAAAUGUGCGGUGGAUGCGUUCUAGUACGCCCAGUUUAGCGUAAUGGUAGGGUUAAAAAUGGGUGACAGCAAUCGUUCGGCAGCAGCAAGUGGUCUCUGUUAAAUUGAUAGCAUUGAGCAUUGAAAUCUGUGUAAUCCCAUACCUGUAACAGACACAGACACACACAUAAAACACAAACACCACCUUUCUUCUCAGCUUGUGAUGGCAAACAACCUUUUUUGUAGUUAGCUGAAUAUUAAUCGAGACAAACAACUCUACAUAAACACACGGGCUGAAUAAAUGUAAUAAACUCAUUUAAAAAUCAUUAAACUUAA